AUGGUCAGAUAUAUCACGAACACCUACGCUAUUUGCGGCUUUGCCGCCAUUGGUGGUGGCCUCUUCGGCUUCGAUAUCAGCUCCAUGAGUGGUGUCCUCGGCACGGAGGCAUACAAGAACUACUUUGGCAAUCCCACUUCGUAUCGUCAAGGUGGCAUCACGGCCUCUAUGCCUGCUGGAUCUCUUGCUGGAUCCCUCGCCUCGUCUUUCAUCGCCGACAAACUGUCCAGAAGGGCUGCUAUUCAGAUCGCAGCUUUAAUCUGGAUCGUUGGUGCAAUUCUACAAACCGCUUCCAAUGGUAUUCCUUUGCUUUGCGUGGGCCGUGUGGUUGGUGGCUUUGCCAUCGGUAUCGCCUCUUCUAUCGUUCCUGUCUAUCAGUCUGAGAUAGCGGCAAAGGAGAUUCGCGGACGUGUCGUCUCUCUACAACAGUGGGCUAUCACUUGGGGCAUCUUAAUCCAAUACUUCGUUCAGUACGGAUCUUCCUUCGUCGAUGGAGGUGCCAAAAACCCCAAUCAAGGUACUGCUGCGUUCCGGAUUCCUUGGGGUAUCCAGAUGAUUCCCGGCGCCAUCCUGUUCGUCGGCAUGUUCUUCUUGCCUUACUCUCCACGUUGGCUUGCCAGCAAGGACCGCUGGGAGGAAGCUAUCCAGACUCUUGCUGAUCUCCACGGUAAUGGGGAUAUAAACAACCCCAAAGUUCUUGCCGAGUACCAGGAGAUUGAGGAAGCUCUCCGUUUCGAGCGUGAGGAAGCCAUCUCAAGUUACAGUGCCCUCGCUGAGCCACGAAUGCUGAAGCGUGUCAUUCUUGGUAUGUCCAUUCAGAUGUGGUCUCAGCUCUGCGGUAUGAACAUCAUGAUGUACUACAUCGUCUAUAUCAUGGAAGGCGCUGGAAUCGGCGACGCUCUUCUCGCCUCCAGUAUCCAGUACAUCAUUAAUGUUGUUCUUACACUUCCCGCUAUCCUCUACCUCGACAAAAUCGGCCGCCGUCCCUCUAUGCUUGUUGGUUCUUUCUUCAUGAUGUCCUGGCUCUUCAUCGAAGGUGCCCUCCAAGCAGUCUACGGCGAGCCCAACCCCGACACAACCGCGAAAGACAUCUCAUGGGUCGUCAUUGGCAAGCCUGCCGUCUCAAAGGCCAUCGUAGCAUGCUCCUUCCUAUUCGUCGCCACCUUCGCCACAACCUGGGGUCCAUCGAGCUGGACAUAUCCAGCUGAGAUCUUCCCCGCGAAGAUCCGUGCAAAGGCAGUCUCCCUCGCAACCGCAUCAAACUGGACAUGGAACUGCGCCCUCGCCUUCGCCGUACCCCCGCUUCUCUUCAACAUCAACUGGAAAAUGUACAUGAUCUUCGCCACCUUCAACGGCGCCGCCCUGAUUCACAUCUUCCUCACCGCGCCAGAGACCAAGGGCAAGACGCUCGAGGAGAUGGACGAGGUGUUUGACUCGGGCCGGCCGGCGUGGCGGGGUGUGUCCAAGGAGAGUCGCCUGGACAAGCUGCAGCAGGAGAUUGAGCGCGGUGAGCUCAAGAUUGCGGCGCCGAUGGGUGCGCGUUCGGGGAGUGUGGAGCAUGCUAGUGUGGAGCCGAAGAAUUGA